CGUCGGUCGCGGUCGCGCUGCUCAGUGGCUCAGCGAACGAACCAGCCAACCAACCAACCAACCAACGAACGAACCGACGAAGGAACGGGCGCGAGGGCGGGCGGUCUGUCGAUCGUCUUUUUUUCCUCCUCACGCCUUGGUCGUCAUUGAGCACCGAAAGUGGACGCCGACAGCCGCGCGCUUCAACAUUCUCGCCCGUCAUGGAGUCCUAUGACAUUUUAGCUAAUCAGCCCGUGGUGAUCGAUAACGGUUCAGGGGUCAUCAAGGCUGGCUUCGCCGGAGAUCAGAUCCCCAAAUAUUGUUUUCCCAACUAUGUGGGGCGUCCCAAACACGUGCGCGUCAUGGCGGGCGCCUUGGAGGGAGACCUUUUUAUCGGCCCUAAAGCAGAGGAGCACCGCGGGUUGCUGUCGGUGCGCUACCCCAUGGAGCACGGCAUCGUGAAGGACUGGAACGACAUGGAAAGGAUCUGGCAGUACGUUUACUCCAAGGAGCAGCUGCAGACCUUCUCCGAGGAGCAUCCCGUUCUUCUGACCGAGGCGCCUCUCAACCCCAGCAAGAACCGCGAGAAGGCGGCCGAGGUCUUCUUCGAGACCUUCAAUGUUCCCGCGCUCUUCAUCUCCAUGCAGGCGGUCCUCAGUUUGUACGCCACGGGCCGCACCACGGGCGUGGUACUGGACUCGGGCGACGGCGUGACGCACGUGGUGCCCAUCUACGAGGGCUUUGCCAUCCCGCACUCCAUCAUGCGGGUGGACGUCGCCGGUAGGGACGUGUCGCGCUACCUGCGCCUGCUCCUGCGCAAGGAAGGCUACAACUUCAACACCUCGGCCGAGUUCGAGGUGGUGCGCACCAUCAAAGAGAGGGCGUGCUACUUGUCGCUGAACCCUCAGAAGGACGAGACCUUGGAGACGGAGAAGGCUCAGUACGUCCUUCCGGAUGGGAGCGCCUUAAACAUCGGACCGGCCCGCUUCCGCGCCCCCGAGCUGCUGUUCCGGCCCGACCUGGUGGGCGACGAGAGCUCGGGCAUCCACGAGGUCCUGGCCUACGCCAUCCAGAAGUCCGACAUGGACCUGAGGCGCACGCUCUUCUCUACCAUCGUGCUGUGCGGGGGGUCCACGCUCAUCAAAGGCUUUGGGGAGAGACUACUGACUGAAGUGAAGAAGCUUGCGCCCAAAGAUGUCAAGAUCAAGAUCUCGGCGCCCCAGGAGAGACUCUACUCCACGUGGAUCGGAGGCUCCAUCUUGGCGUCGUUGGACACCUUCAAGAAGAUGUGGGUGUCCAAGCGGGAGUACGAGGAAGACCGCGCCCGCGCCAUCCACAGGAAGACCUUCUAAGCCGCCGCCGGCGCACACUGACAAGAGCCAGACCCCCCCCCCCCCAAAAAAAAACCCUGCUGAGGAUGGCUCCCGCCGCAAGAAGGCGUAUACGCAACGCCACGUGACAAUUAAAGUCCAAUUCUUUUUGUUUGUUUGUUCUGCUACGGUUCCAUUCCAAAGUUUUCUAUGGUGUGAGAAAAUUGCCGACGCUACUAGUGCCCGCUUUGGCCUGAGACUUCAAGCUUGCCGGCAUCCUCGGUAGCCAGCUCAGGUCCACGGCUGGACGGGUACCCCCUCUGUAAUGGCGCCAAAGACGAAUAAAUUGUGCGCCUGUAAA